ACUUGACUUGCUUGGGAAAAGCACCGUGGCUGAAAACUUCGGGAAAAAUGGAAAAAGUAACAGGCGUAAAAACUGUAUCGGUGCAUCCGCUUGCAAGAUAAGGACCGACAGCGAUGGAUCUGCAUGUUUUCUCCCUGAAGUGGUUUUCUAACUGACAAUGGUGUCGAAGGAGGAAAAACUCAGUUUUUUCUCGCAAUUCCAUUGAAAGUUUACAAAUGGAGAAAGGAGCAAGUCGGGAGUCAUGAGCACAGGUGUGAAGAAGCCACCAUUAGCGCCCAAACCUAAACUCCCUGGUACCACCAAACCCUCCCCCCCGCCCAUCGCCCCCAAACCAGGUCUCCUCUCCCAGCCUCCCAUCGUCUCCCAACCUUCCCCGUCUACUCUAAAGAGGACAAAACCGGCUGUCGCCCCCAAACCAUGCAUUCCUAAAUCCGUAGCUUCCCCUGUUUCAACCCCGCCACUUAAACCCAGUGAACCCCCCCUCCUAUGUCAGGAACAGCAGACAGCUUUAGGUGAUAACCUCUCCCUUCUCAACUCCAGAAAUGGGAUUUUAUCGGAGACUAACAAACGUGACUCGGAUUACAUCAUUCCCACCUGCUCUUGUGGGCUCCAGGACUGUUCCCAGUGCCAGCAUCUGGAAAAUGGAAGUACAACUGAGAGCGAUUUUCACAAAGAGCCGUUGCAGAAUGGGAUUUCUACAGAAGGAUUCACAGAGACGAGGCCACAAGGGAAAGAAAAACGCCCGGAGGAGGGAGUAGCUGUGGAUAAGGUUGAAGGUGGAGGGAUUGGCAAAAAGCCCAGGGAUAAACCUCAAAGACAAAGACACCUGGAGAGGGAUUUGUCUAACAAAGAAGCACAGAGGACUGAGGAGCAGGAGGAGGCUGUGAAACAUGAGGAAAGUGCUGUUGCUGAGCCUGAUUUUUCAAUAGCAGAUGUAGAGACUGAGGCCCAUCACACAGAUUUAACAGACUCAGUCUUGGAUGUUGCAGGCAGCAUCAUUAUCUCACCCUCUAUCACUCCUCAUGAGUCUUCUCCAGAAUCCUUUCAGGUGGAGCAUAUAAUCACAGCCUCUCCCACCAGGUUACUCCCUGAUCUGCAGGUCCCUGCUGCCCCCAGUAAGCCUCUCCCAGUGCCUCACCCACGCAAACUUAAAAAGCCUGCCCUGGUGAGACAGGAUGGCGUGGAGGGCAGUGCCCAGGAUCAGGUGACGGAGGAACAAACACUUGAGAUGCGAGAGGAUGAGGGCAGUCAACCGGCUCUGUCUCUCAGUCAGGAGGGAGAGGAGCUCAGACAGGACUCGUGUGAGGAACCUUUACCCCGAAAAGACUCAUGUUUGGGAGAUGAUGAAGCCGACGCGCCCGUCCCCCCUCCUCGACAGACCUCCCUCUCGCCUCGCCUUCACAGGACAGUCCACAUGUCACCCUCUCUUAACAAAAACACCUCCCACUCCUUAGUCCUGCUCUCACACGCUGACUCAAUGAGCCACCAAAAAGGAGGAGCGGACCACCGGGUAGAGGAGGACGAAGAGGACGGGUAUGGCGACUUUGAGCGCUACCCCAUCACUCACAGCCUCCCCAAACAGAUCAAACUCGGCUGUAAUCUCCCUCUGGGUAACGCCAGGAGAGCUUUCUCUGCCGAGGAUCAGCCAAGUGCGCCCCCCAGGAAACCUCAGAGACACAGCCUGCCAGCAGCACACUGCCCACCCUCCUUCUGCCCCCCUGCACCUCCACACGCUAACACCCCCAUGAGGGAGCUGCCUGCGCCUCCUCAGGAGAAAACGGCCUGGCGCUUCACCCGACCCUGCGUGACCUUCUUCAGCCGGCAGAUUCCCUCCCGGAGCAGCAUGCCUCCAAAGAGCCGGGCUCCAGCACUGGGGGGAAAACAGAGGGCGCAGUCUUUCUCUGCAGCAGACCUGGCAACCCGGGCAGACUCUCAUAAGAGGAGCCUCUCUUUCCGGAAGCUGCUGGAGCUCCGGCUGUCUGUCAAGAUGCUCCCAAAGCUGCUGGCCAAGGGAGGGCAGUCUCUGGACUGUACCAGCGUGGAGUCCACCCGGGGGGAGAGGAGGCUGGAGCGGCCCACCAGCUGCAUAGUCGAGUCUGAUAUCUGUGGAGAAGAUGGAGAUGGGUCAGUGGAGUAUGAGAACGUCCCUCUGUAUGAGGAAAUCCCAGAGUACAUGAACCUGCCGUUCCACGGUGCGAGGCUGGGCUGGCCUCACGACCCAGACGGAGCAGAUUCAGACAUCUAUGAAGUGCAGGAUCCCUAUCACAGGAGCAACAACCACGAGUACGAGGGCAGCGGUUGGCUGGGGCAGGACGUCCACUCUGAGGAGGAAGAGAUCCACAGUUCAGAUGAAGAGGACAACAGCUCCUCCUCCAGCAAGGAGCACAUGGACGAGGCCGACCGACAGCAGGAGGAUGAGAUGAAGAGGAAGAAAUUGGUGCACAUCGCCCAGGAGAUCAUGAGCUCCGAGAAAGUGUUUGUGGAUGUCCUGAAGCUUCUUCACAUAGACUUUCGGGACGCUGUUGCCAAGGCAACCCGUCAGAAUGGCAAGCCGGUGGUGGACGAGCGGAUCCUCAGCCAGAUCCUGUACUACCUGCCUCAGUUGUACCAGCUGAACAGAGACCUGCAGAGGGAGUUGGAGGACCGAGUGGCACACUGGAGCGAUCACCAGAGGCUGUCGGACAUCUUUGUUCAGAAGGGUCCUUACCUGAAGAUGUACUCCACCUACAUCAGACAGUUUGACAACAACGUGGCUCUGUUGGACGAGCAGUGCAGGAAAAACACCGCCUUCGCCGCUGUCGUCAAAGAGUUCGAGAUGAGUCCAAGAUGUGCGAGCCUGGCUCUGAAGCACUACCUGCUGAAGCCAGUGCAGAGGAUCCCUCAGUACCAGCUGCUGCUCACAGAUUAUCUAAAGAACCUUCCAGAGGACUCUGAGGAUUAUAAAGACACCCAAGCGGCCCUCGGCAUAGUGAAAGAAGUGGCCAACCACGCUAAUGACAUCAUGAAACAAGGGGAUAACUUUCAGAAGCUGAUGCAGAUUCAGUACAGCCUCAACGGCCACCAUGAGAUCGUUCAGCCAGGCAGGGUGUUUCUGAAGGAGGGCACUCUAAUGAAGCUUUCCAGGAAAGUCAUGCAGCCUCGCGUAUUCUUCCUGUUCAAUGAUGCACUCAUGUACACCACUCCCGUCCAGUCCGGCCAGUAUAAACUCAACAGCGUCCUCUCUCUGGCCGGGAUGAAGGUGAGUAAACCGAGCCAGGAGGCCUAUCAGAACGAGCUGAACAUCGAAAGCGUUGAACGUUCUUUCAUCCUGUCAGCCAGCUCGGCUACAGAGAGAGACAAGUGGCUGGAGGCCAUCGCUAAGGCCAUAGACGACUACACCAAGAAGAAAAUCACCUUCAUAUCCAGUCGAAGUCAGGAGGAGGCGGAUUGUGUGGUGGACACUGGGGCCCCGCUGGGUUCGAAGGCUCCGAUCUGGAUCCCAGACCUGAGGGCCACCAUGUGCAUGAUCUGCACCUGCGAGUUCACGCUCACCUGGAGGAGGCAUCACUGCCGCGCCUGUGGACGGGUGGUGUGUCAGGCGUGCUCGGCCAAUAAGUACUACCUGGAGUACCUGAAGAACCAGCCUGCACGUGUGUGCGAUCACUGCUUCGUCAAACUGCAGGAGAAUAGUGACCGCUGUGCUUCAACAUCAGUUUCUCCAAUGAAACCUGGAGCUUUCUCCUUCACCAGGAAACAGAAGAAGAUCCCUGCUGCACUAAAAGAGGUGUCCGCCAACACUGAGAACUCCUCGAUGAGCGGCUACUUAAACCGGUCGAAAGGAAACAAGAAGCAGUGGAAGAGGCUGUGGUUUGUCAUCAAGAACAAAGUCCUGUACACCUACGCUGCCAGCGAGGAUGUUGCUGCGUUGGAGAGUCAGCCCUUGCUCGGGUUCUUCCUGAGAGAGGAGAAGAACGGGCCGGCUCAGAAGCUGCAGUUUAAGCUGUAUCACAAAAACACGCUGUUCUACAUCUUCAAAGCUGACGACAUCCCCACCGCACAGAGAUGGAUCGAAGCCUUCCAAGAGGCAAUGAUCCUCGAACAGUAAUUGUGUUUUGGCAGCCUUGAAGUCACAUCACAGCCCCGGAGCUAGUGGAUCGAAAACGUACGACCCCCGGCUGAUUUCAGGUCAGGGGUCCCCGCUCAGGAAGGACUCCGGUCGGACUGUUCACUUUAAAACAGAAAUACACUGCCGAACAUUACUGUAUGUGGGUGGGGUGGGGGGGAACCUGACUCUAAGGACUGGAAUCUGUUUCCCUACACAUUAUUUUCUACCAACAACAGCAGCUGAGGUCAGAGUUAAUAGUUGUCAAAGGUCAAGUCCAGAAGCACGUCUGUGGAAGUGAGACAGAUCAGUGGUCAGGAAUAUUGAAAGGAAGUCUGGGAAUUAUAUUUAACUGCAAACGGAUGAAGGAACUACUUUUUGUGUGAAACAAAAUAUACAAAACUGUGCGCAUUCCUUCAAGCAUGUUGACAUUGGCUACAAUAAGUAUUUUAAAUCCUCCUGUGUGAUUUUUCUUAAAGGGAGAGUUCGGAUUUUAUGAAGUGACUAUGGGUGAGUUUCACUUCGGUUAAAUGGAUUCCUUGCGUCCCUCACUUGCGUUGCUUCCCUGCGACUAGUCCCUCCCACCAGGGAAGCAUGGAGAGACACAAGGAAACCACGAGAAGCAGGGAAAUGAGUUUUAAGAGCAAUGGGACGGCGUUUCCUCCGGAGCGUCACGUGAAGCGACGUCCGUUUGUGAUGACGCCGCACAGCUGAUCGUCUGACAGCAGCCAGAUCAGUGCAUGCGCUGCAUCGUCCAAUCAGUGAGCGGUAAGGGGGCGGGGCGAGUGUAUGAGGAUUUCAACGGAGGAUGGUCUGGUAGUUCCUCGAUUAUCGAUCCUCGGUCCUCCAGCACAAAUAAGGCCACUGGGACGCUACUCAAGAUGGCGCAGACAAAUCAACUUCCGGUGAUACCGAGACAGAGGAGCGAGGAAAUGAAAAAUAAGAAGUUAAACGCACCCCAUGAAUGAGUACCCUAUACAAGCCCACUUCAAAAGAUCAGAACUAUGACUUUAAUGCAAAAUCUCAAGAUGCAAUUUUCAAAUACACAUCUCAACAUGUCAUCUAAAUCAUGGUUGCACAUUAUUGCGGAUGUCUGUUUAAGAGUUUCAGGAUGUAACAAGGUGGGAUUUUACUGUGAAAAUCCGCUCUUUAAAGAAUCAGGAGCUGUUCUGCCCUUUAGUUUGAUCUCUCUGGUUAAGAGAUUUAACUCCUAUAUUUUUAAAGUUAACAUACAAAGCAUUCAAAUGAUGGUUUUAAAAACGACAUCCUGGAGAAAACUGGAAAUGUCACGAAUAAUGUAGAUAUGUUUCAUACAUUUUAAAAUGUAUUUUUGCCUGUUUAGCCACAUUAGAAAUGGUUAAUUGGUAGAACUGUGUAUAUGGACAUGAAAGAGCAACAUUGACCUUUUUUAUAUCAAAGCCGAGAGCUAAUAUUUAUAAAAUAGGAAGAUUUAUUGUUUUAAAAGCACAGGCUGCGACUUGUUUUGGGAGUCAGGGUUUUGUAGGAAAUAUGUUUCCAUCAGUUAUUCUUUUAAAACUUAAAAGGUAACUUUUUAGAAAAAGGGGAUUUUUUUUUAAAGGGCAAAUACUGUGGAAAGUAUGCAUUAACUAUAUUUCUAAGGAAAUGCUCCAAAGGAAGAAGACAUUUUGAAUUGUUGUAGACAUUUGUGCCUUUUUUAUCUCCUGCUUUGAGAAUAAUUGCAAUAAUAUAGGUGCUCUGUUUGACAGUCUUCACUAAAUCAGGACACAUUUAGGCAUCCAGCUUGCAUGACUACUCACUUUCUAACCAGGGUACUCGAGGUUUGUAGCUUUACAAACGAUCAUUUAUCAGGUCGGUUUCUUCUUGGUUAGGUUGCCGUAUGUUGCACUACCCCAUUAUUUCACAGUGGGAGGAAUCCAAAUCCUGCUUUCUUUUAGUGAAGGAAUAAAACGUUGAAUUCUGUCUUUGUAGCUCUGACUGCUAUUGUGUCUCAUUCAGAUGUGUAUGUAGUGGAAAUGAAUCAGUAAACAGUUUCCCAGGAUGCAUUUCCUCAUGAUUGUACAUUAACAGUGACCAUUUGUAAAGGUCUGCUCUAUCAGAGUUAGAGUCUCCUAUAAACAAGGAUUUUAAACUGUCAGGCAACAGUUUUAAAUAAAGUAUAUAUAUAAAAAAGA